AUGCCUUUCAAGAAUGAGGAAAGCGUGGUUGCAGAACUUAUUCAGCUGCACCUCUGUGGAUCACUCGAUGAGCACGGACGAGAAGAUUCCUGGAAGAGUGCACUGGUCAGCGCUUUGCCUAUCAGCCAUCUGGCCGACUUGAAGCAGGAGGAGAUUGCCAAGUUCGUGCCAAUCAAGAAGGACACCAUCUCCAGCUUCAGGCACGAGUCGACGGUCACCAGGAUCUAUCACUGGAUCAUGGCCUACCUGGAGAGCAAGGGCUACUUGUCAUACACCCGGGUGAACGCACGGAUUCUGACCUGCGAGCUGCUCAAAGAGUGGGCUUACGAGCAUCGACAUUUCAGUGACCGGGAAAUGGACCUUCACGUCAUGUGCCGCUACAAAGAGUUUGUGGCCCAUCUGCUGUACUUCCACGACAGGUGGGCGGAAAGCGAACACGGUGCCACGCGCACCAGAAUACUGGGAGAGCCCCAUGGUCUCUUACGCAGCAAGCGGAAGGAGACCUUUGUAACGACACUGGUGAAGGUCCAUGAUGCCUUGGGCAAGAUGCAUCAGACUUUGGAGAAGGUAGAGACGUCCGAGUCGAGCUGCAGCGUCUUCCUCGGGCAGCUAGCUGAACUUUUUCAGCAUUUUUUGGAUCAGGCAGCUGGGAUCUGUUUUCUCGGGCCGAUGGAGCAUCACGAGGAUAUCUGCGCGGCACAUGCAGAGUUUGGAAUCGACUUCCUCGAGAGACAAAGGGUCAGUAUUCGUGGUCACAGCGGCGAGGUUUUCUGGAGUACAGACUGGGGUCGCCUGCUGGACGCAGCAUUGCGACAGGGCGAUCCAGAUAGGUUUCAGCCACUGGGCAGCUGGCUGAUCUUUUACCAGGAGAAGGGCAGCCCGUGCAAAAUGUGCAGAUACUAUUCACAGUUGGCGGCCGAGACCCGCCUGCGUUCGAUUCCGAAAGCUGCCAUAUUGCUGGGACCGGGACCGGAAUACAGAAGGACGAUCAACAAGAAGCAGCUGGAACACCAAGCUGAGCCACUGCUGGAGGCCAUUGAUGCACACUUGCUGGCGAUCGGUGCAAAACCACCUGAGAAGAAUCUGUGGGUGCACAACCUACCGACAGUCGAUGACUUUGCAGCAGACACAGCAGAUGGCGACCUGUGGGACUUUCUCGAAGCGGAAGAGCCACUCCCAGGUGAUCGUGCCAGGGGCUACUCUGAGUCGAGCAAGUCCACUGCAGAUCUGUCCUCGAGGCGUCAUCCACAGUCUGAGGCUGAAACUUCCUCUUUCACUGCGGAAAGUUUUGUGGGAGAAGACUUGGCCAAUGUGGCAGCCUUGGGAGCUGAAGUGGAAUUGGUUCGAGCAAAAUGGACGGCAAGGAAUUGGUCACGAUGUGGCCUAUCGUCGGCUUUCCUCCAGGACACAGCAACGAUCAGUGGACCACACGUACCCGGUUUCGACGCCUUGAUCAGCAAUGUUCUGCAGAUGGCGGAAGAUCUGGCUUGUCUGUUGGAUGUUCGCAGGACAAUCCUCAGCCCAUUGGAAGGUGUUUGCGUGCAGCUUGGAACGCUUCGAUCACGGCGAGUUCUUCAUUCAGCCCUUGCACGACUGAUGUUGCAUGUGGAUCAUUUUAUCGAAAGUAUGGUGCAAUUCCACCAGAUAUUCGAAGGACGACUCUUCGAUCAACUGAGGAAUCAGGAGCCCCGCUCUGCAAACGCCUUCGCUCAGCGGCCGGAGGUGCAAAGGAGCUACCGCCGCUACUAUCAGCGGGCGCUGACUCUUCGACGUGAGAUUGCGAAGAAGGCGCAGAUGCUGUCAGAGGCGAUGCCGCUGCAAUCCAGCGAGGACGAGCAGUGCAGCAUCGACAAGCUCAAGAGCUCCAUGAAUGCCCUGGCAAAUGCUCUCAGCACCGGGCCAAAUCAGCUUCCUGCCUUAGCAGAUGCUCGACAUGCCUUGGCCGUGACUGACGGGCAUCGAAACCCUGUCACUUUCGGCCACGAGACGGACCACAACCUCAACCACUCGCGAGUUACAAAUCCUAACUUAAGGCGUCAAACGAUCAACAGUGUGAGCCCGGUGCUUGUUGACUGA